AUGUCUGUAAAUAUUUUCAAAGAUCAAGUUGAGGAAGAUAGAGCUGAGAAUGCUCGUAUGUCAGCAUUUAUUGGAGCUAUUGCAGUUGGUGAUUUAGUUAAAUCAACUCUAGGUCCAAAGGGAAUGGAUAAAUUAUUACAAAGUGCAAGUAAUCCAGAUCAUGCAUUAGUUACGAAUGAUGGAGCAACAAUAUUAAAAUCUAUACCAUUUGAAAACCCAGCAGCAAAAGUCCUUGUGAAUAUAUCAAAAGUUCAAGAUGAUGAAAUUGGAGAUGGUACAACAUCAGUUACAGUAUUAAGUGCAGAAUUAUUAAGAGAAAGUGAAAAAUUAAUUGAUCAAAAAAUCCAUCCACAAACUAUUAUUGAAGGUUUUAGAAUUGCAAGAAAAUAUGCUAUUGAAGCAUUAGAUAGAAAUGCUACAAAUAAUGGAUUAAAUCCUGAAAAAUUUAAAAAAGAUUUAAUUAAUAUCGCUAAAACUACAUUAUCAUCGAAAAUUUUAUCACAAGACAAAGAUCAUUUUUCAAAAUUAGCAGUUGAUGCUAUAUUAAGAUUAAAAGGUUCAACAAAUUUAGCAAAUAUACAAAUUAUAAAAAAAGUUGGUGGGAAAUUAUCAGAUUCUUAUUUAGAUGAAGGUUUUAUAUUGGAAAAAAAAUUUGGUAUUGGACAACCUAAAAAAAUUGAAAAUGCCAAAAUUUUAAUAGCUAAUACAUCAAUGGAUACUGAUAAAGUUAAAAUAUUUGGAGCAAAAUUUAAAGUUGAUUCUACAUCAAAAUUAGCAGAAUUAGAAAAAGCUGAAAAAUUAAAAAUGAAGAAUAAAGUAGAUAAAAUAAAAAAAUUUGAUAUAAAUGUAUUUAUAAAUCGUCAAUUAAUUUAUGAUUAUCCAGAAUCAUUAUUUACGGAUUCUAAAAUAAAUACAAUAGAACAUGCUGAUUUUGAUGGUGUUGAAAGAUUAGCUUUAGUAACAGGUGGUGAAGUUGUAAGUACUUUUGAUAAUCCAGAAAAUGUUAAAUUAGGUCAUUGUAAAGUAAUUGAAGAAAUUUUUAUUGGUGAAGAUAAUUUUCUUAAAUUUUCAGGUGUUGAAGCAGGUGAAGCGUGUACUAUUGUAUUAAGAGGAGCUACUGAACAAGUACUCGAUGAAGCAGAAAGAUCAUUACAUGAUGCAUUAUCAGUAUUAUCACAAACUACAAAAGAUACUAAAACAGUAUUGGGAGGUGGAUGUGCAGAAAUGUUAAUGGCAAAAGCAGUUGAUCAAGUAGCUGCUAAUGAAACUGGUAAAAAGGCAUUAGCUAUAGAAGCUUUUAGUAAAGCUCUUAGACAACUACCUACCAUUUUAGCAGAUAAUGCAGGUUAUGAUUCAAGUGAUUUAGUUACAAAAUUAAGAUCAGCUAUAUAUAAUGGUAUAUCUACUUCAGGUUUAAAUCUUAACGAAGGUAUUGUUGAUGAUAUGAGAGAAUUAGGAAUUGUUGAAAGUUAUAAAUUAAAAAAAGCAGUUGUUAAUUCUGCUACUGAAGCUGCUGAAGUAUUAUUGAGAGUUGAUAAUAUUAUACGUGCUAAACCUCGUACUGCUGAUAGAAAUCAUUAA